GCCCCCUUCAGUGCGUCAUCUUCCAGCGACAUUUCACAUGUAAACACACCGAAUGAAGUAUUGGAAAUAUGGACCGAAGAGGACUGGAUCUUGUAAAGGUCCAUGGUGGUGGGGGCUACGACUCUGAUUUCAGUGAUGAAGAAGGCCAGGGAGGAUCAGGUCAUGGAGUCAAGAGGUCACGAGAGGAAGAGCUGCUUCUGCGGAAGCCCUUUCAGAAGGCCAGACAUUCAAAGGUGGCCCACAGAACAGUGGCUGCACAGGAGCUGGACAGGCAGGAGGCCCAGAACAGGAGACAUCACCUCAUCUCUAUGAAUGCUUUUGACCGGCACAAGAAGUUCGUCAGCGACUACAUCUUGUACUACGGAGGGAAGAAGGACGACUUGAGACGGGACACGCAUAAGGACAAGCGGGACAUCGAUGUGGUGCGGGAGAACCAUCGCUUCCUCUGGAGAGACGAGGACGAAGAGGACAUGACAUGGGAGAAGGAGCUGGCCAAGAAGUACUACGACAAGCUUUUCAAAGAGUACUGCAUCGCAGACCUCAGCAGAUACAAGGAGAACAAGUUUGGAUUCAGGUGGCGAACAGAACAAGAGGUGGUCUCUGGAAAAGGUCAGUUCCUGUGCGGUAACAAACGCUGUGAGAAGCAGGAGGGCUUGAAGAGCUGGGAGGUGAACUUUGCAUACGUGGAGCUUGGAGAGAAGAGGAACGCUUUGGUCAAGCUCCGUUUGUGUCCUGAAUGUUCUUUCAAACUCAACUAUCAUCACAAGAGGAAGGAAGUGACGAAGAAGAAGAGGCGGCGUUCGGACGGCGAGGGAGACGUAGACACACCGAAGGUCAAAAGGUCAAGGUCGUCGCACUCGAAGAAGCACAAGAAACACAAGAGGAAGCACAAGAAGCGGCGACACAGAGACUCAUCAUCCUCCUCCUACAGUUCUGAUGACUCACAGGCAUCCGACAAAGAGCCAGAGAGGAAAGACAAGAAGGAGGAGGAGGAGGAGGCCAAGACAGAGGAGGGAACCUCAGAUGCUGACCACUGGAAGGGACCCGCGCCAGAAACUAAAGAGAAAUCCAGGGAGGAAGAAUUUGACGAGUACUUUGAGGACAUGUUUCUGUGAAGCAGGAUGGUGGUACAUGUUUGUGACUCAGUUUUGUAUCAUAUCUGUGAUUGUCUGAUUACUUUUUAAAAAAUAAAUUCCUCAUUCCUGUCAUGCUCCAGUCCGUUAAAU